AUGCCAGUUGGCAAUCAAAAAUCGCCCCUAAGGGUCGGCGGUUUCAACUGUCGCCUGGAGGUUACCGCCGUCUCGGGCACCGCGCACGUGGCGAGGGCUGGGAUCAGUGUCACUCUUUGCAAGGGUAUCGAGGCAAAAAAAAUGAUGCCCGUGAAAAUCGCUCAGCCUAAGGCAGGAUUGGGAAAUGGUAUCACGGGUAAAAAUAUGCAGUUUCCAUCACGUAUUCUUCGAAGACCUGUUCCUCCCCCCCCCCCCCCUGGAGUGAUGUUCUUCCUUGGGCUUCUCAUACUCAGCGGCCUUGUGAAUGUGUCGAUUUCUAACCUUGGCGCCAUGAUUCAUCUCCUGAACUGCACUGAUUUUCCACCAAACACGAAUCAAACCAUAAUGAAGGAUGGAAAGUUGGAUACGCGGUUGCCUCGAACUCUGAGGCCACUCCAUUACCUGGUCAAACUUCAACCUUUCAUCAACGGCAACUUCAGUAUCUCCGGCUACAUGGAAGUGGAGAUGGAAGUCCUGGAACCGACCUCCAGCAUCAUACUCCACAUGGCUGACAUCAUUACUAAGAACGAAACCGUCAAGCUCUGGGAAUUAGAGGAGGGCCGGAGCAUUAGAGUCACUGAGCAGGAGUACAUUCGCGAGUACCAGUUCUACGUCGCCCGCCUGGAGGAGCCGCUGGAGAGGGGGGCCAAGUACGCUCUGGCCAUGGAGUUCGUCGGGUACUUGAGCGAUGAGCUUUAUGGCUUUUACAGACUAAGCUAUAGAGAUGCUGAUGGGGACAAUCAGUAUUUAGCUGUGACCCAGUUCCAGCCCACGCACGCCCGCCGCGCCUUCCCGUGCUUCGACGAGCCGGCCCUGAAGGCGACCUUCGAGGUCCACCUGGCAAGGGAGACCUGGAUGACGUCACUCUCCAACAUGCCCCUCGCCGAGACGCGACCUGUCGAAGGUCAGGAGGGCUGGGUGUGGGACCGCUUCGAGAGGAGCGUCCCCAUGUCCACCUACCUCGUCGCCUUCGUCGUCUCUGACUUCGUUCAUAUCAAUGCCACAGUGGAUGACCGUGUGCUGCUCCGAGUGUGGGCCAGAGAAUCCACUAUAGAGGAUGCAAAAUAUGCGAGUGAAAUAGCUGCCAAGAUUUUACGCUUCUUUGAGGAAUAUUUCGGUAUUCCGUAUCCCCUCAAGAAGUUGGACAUCGUUGCUCUGCCGGACUUGACAUCCGACAUGGAGAACUGGGGUCUUAUUACCUACAGGGAAAACUCAGUUCUCUAUAACGCCGAGUCUCCUAUUAAGGGAGAUAAGAGCUCCAUGAUCGAGGCAGUGGCUCACGAGCUGGCCCAUCAGUGGUUCGGUAACCUGGUCACGCCCAAGUGGUGGGAUGACACCUGGCUUAAUGAGGGGUUUGCCACCUACAUGAGUGUCUUGGGCGCGGCGGCCACGCAGCCGGAGGCCCUAUGGGAGGGCGCGGAGGCAGCGGGCGUCAGGAUGCUCCAGCAGGUGUUCUGGGAGGAUAGCCUACAGUCGUCACACAAAAUCAGCAUCCCUGUUUGUCACCGAGAUGAUAUCAACGAAAAUUUCGACAGCAUAUCUUACCUGAAAGGAGCCUCCAUCAUCCGUAUGAUGUCCCACUUCCUCGGGCAAGCCACCUUCAAGAAAGGCCUCAACAACUACUUGAAUUCAUUCAAGUACAGCAAUGCAGCUCAAGACGAUCUAUGGGAGUACCUGACUGAUGCCGCCCACCAGGAUGGCCGUAUAUUUGAUUUCGACACCAUCAAGAUGUUCAUGGACCCGUGGACGCUGCAGAAGGGCUACCCCGUCGUCCGCUUGGCCUGGAGCGCCGACAGGACCUCCGGCAUCAUCACGCAGGAACACUUCCUUUCAGAAAAUCGCAACCUCAGUGACACUCACGACUACAAGUGGUGGAUUCCCUUGACUUUCACCACUCGGAGCAGAGCUGACUUCAACAGAACACAGAUUAUGGUGUGGUUGAGGGACUACUGGGAAAGCUUAAACAUCACAUAUUUUUCUGCCGAAGAUGAAUGGAUCAUCUUCAACCUGCAGCAGACGGGCUACUACAGAGUCAACUACGACGACCACAACUGGAACCUCCUCAUCCAGCAGCUGAAGGACGACCACAAGGUCAUCCAUGUCUUCAAUCGUGCACAGAUUAUUGAUGAUGCUAUGAAUCUUGCUAAAGCUGGUCACCUCAGCUACAAAGUUGCCUUGGGUGUUUACACCUACCUGUCGAAGGAAACGGAGCAUCUGCCUCGAACCGUGGCUGCAGAAAACAUGAAGUACCUGGUGGCCAUGUUGAGAGGCACAGCAGCUUUCGGCGCUCUCAAGGUUGCUUCGAAAUUGCAAGAAGAGAAUGGAUGCGAGAGCUGGCAAGUGUUGGCGGGACGAGUAACUCGUUCCCAUCCUGCACCCUGGCAGGCACCAACCCAGUAUGGGCUUUGCCCAAGGGAACCCCAGAGACAGAUGGGCCCCACACCCUGCGGACUCUGCUGUGAUCGAGCUGGCUAUGGGAUGUCUGUCAGCCACCAUGGCUCAGGAUGCCAGCUGAUCCUGGACCUUGUUAGGUACCAGAGAUUGAGGCUUUCUGGCUCAUGGCUGGUAGUGGGUACCCUACAGGUCCACAUCAGAACUCCCCGUCCCUCCAGUGGUCACUCUAGGGAUUUUAACUUGGGCAGACUGAGGGAGGAAGAGUCUGCCUGUGGAUUCGCCACGGCAGUCUCUGAUCGAUUCACAGAACUUGAAAACCAGAUGAACCUAGUUGCUCUGUGGGAGUCCUUCAUGUGCAAAAUACUUGAAGCAGCUGUGAAGUCCAUUAGUAUGACUGCAGUCCACUCAAUGGAUAGACAGAUCAUCUAA